UGAUGAUGGUGGUGGUAGUAGCGACAAUGGUGGCGGUGGUGCUGCUGCGGCGGCGGCGGCUGCUUGUGUUGCGGGCGGGUGUCGUCGUCAUGGUGGUCACGGUGGCGGUGGGGCUGAGCUGCUGGCAGAUGCGCUGGAGGUGGCCCAGGCAUUGGCCCAUCUGCACUCGCUGGGCCUGGUGCACGGAGCCUUAAAGCCCUCCAACGUGCUACUGCGCAGCAGCACGGCCCCGCCCCCGACGUCAGCAGCAGCAGCAGCACCGCUGCAAAAGCGGCACGAGGAGCAGCAACACCAGCCCUCCUCUUCCUCCAGCGGUGGCGGCAACGACAGCGGCGGCAGCGGCAUUAGGUCGCGCCCCUACCGCUGCAAGGUCGCCGAUUACGGGCUUGCCAGGACCACACCAACCACUACCCGCGGGCCGGCAGGCGCCGCUGCUGCCACCUACACAGCGCCCGAGGUGCUGUCGGGAGCGCAGCCCCGCAACGAUCCAGCAGCUGACGUGUACAGUUACGGCAUGCUGCUGUGCCACAUGCUGGGGGCCAACAGCCCCUCGCCAGCGGGGGUGGUGCCACCACCACCAACAGCAGCAGCAACAGCAGCAACAACAACAGCUGAGAACCGGCAGAUAAUGACAUCAGCAGUCACGCAACCUGCAGCGGCGGCAGCAGCACCAGCAGGGGCGGUGGCGGUGGCGUCGGUGGCGGGAGAUUGUGAUGGUGAUGGUGGUGGUGGUGGUUAUGGUGAUGGACCGGGCAGCCAGGCACUGUUCAGCCGAGAUGUCGCACGUGUCGACAGCUGCUGUGCUGCUGCUGCUGCCGCCCCUGUUGCGGGUUCCGUUCUGGCAGGGAUUGCACGCGCGUGUUUGGCGAUUGAGCCGACUGAGCGCCCCACGUUUGAGAGGAUUGUACGACAGCUGUUGCACGCCGUACCUAGUGCCGUGGAGGAGUAAAGCUGUAGCCGCUGUGGCGGUGGCUGUAGCAGUGAAUACCAUACCUUGAUAGUAACUUCGUCCCAUGGAUGAAUGCCGUGCAGCAGAAAAGGAACGUGCAAUGUCCAAUGUGAGGGUAUGUACUAAAGCGAACUGAGCCGCUUAACUGAGCAUAGCUGUAGAGUGGAGAGCCUCUUCCUAUCUCGGGUAAUGUUGUGUCGUCUAUGGCAAGUUAGUUGGUGUUGUUGUGAUAGAUUUUUGGCGCAAAGGGGGCAGGCGCCUGGAUGGGUGCGUUUGAGUGCCUGCUGGAGAACGCCGGCGAGGGGUUCCGGGGGUUGAGGGUUCCGAGCGGGUUUGAGGGUCGGCAUGAUGUGAUGAGGCAUGAAGGACGAGAGCGAGCGGUUUUAUUAGAGCACAUCGUGAUUCAUUAUUGAAGAUAAGCAAAUGAAGACUGCCUACCGUGCUGUGCACGCUAAACAUGCCAUGAGCUUCCAUAUCAUCAUUUCGUGAGGAGUUUUCCGGUACAAGUAGAGGGAGUGCUAUUGGUAGUAUAUCGGUACCUACAUACAUGGUGAAACACUGAGCGAGGAGAGUGCGCACAAGGCGGCUGGGGUCUUGGUAGUUGGGUAAUUUUGUUUUCUUUGGUCCCUCAUCUUGAUCAACGGACUUAGGGGACCCAUCUUCACACCUCGGAAGCAGGUUCGGGUUGCACGACAAGCAUUGUGGCGAUGACGUUUGCAUUUCUUAGAGUGGAGGGAAAAGGGAGAGAUCCAUUAAUGUGUCGGAGACUGAGGGCACUUUGGAGGGGGGCGUUUGCUGCCCUGCACGCCUUGGAGGUUUGAGCCAUUCGUAGUGGGAGCCGAGGGUAUCGGACGUGGUGCCGAUAGUAGGUGUGUUUAGGAAACUAGCCGCGAGGCGGAACGUACUGUGAUUGCCGCGAGUGUGUGUGUGUAUGUGUGGAGUGCAAUUGCUGUAAGAUUGGCGAGUAGUGACAAGGUUGUGGGAGUCGUAGAGAACGCUGUUUCGGCGCAGCCACGUACCGGUGUCGUAUUCUUUUAUAGUGUCUGUGAGGACAAUCGUCUGGCGCCCAUGUCUGUAGCACUGUAUGAUCUGUAGUCGACGGGGGUACGAGCAUGGUACGGCAGGACCAUUCGUUUUUGCGGCAUUUUGGCGGGAUACUGUUGGCUCGAGGCUUUGUUUCUGUUGAUGUUGGUGUGUUACGAGAUUUGUACCGGUGGUGUUCAAUUACCUGCCUGCCGCUGUGGGUCAGAAACCUGAGUAAAAGGUGUUGGUUGGGUUUAGGGGCGGUACGGUCAGCGCUGACA